GUUCUGGAGGAUACUGAGGCAGGCCAUGGGAAGAAGGGCUCCCUCUCUGUCAGAUGAGGCUGGCAAUGCUGGAGGUGGUCUCAUGACGCUGGCCAGAAGACAACUGUCCCGAGAUGCUAAAGAUGCUGCCGUUAUCAGCGUGGCCAUUUCGGGUGGAGAACGCCUCUGUACAGAUCCGGGGGCAGUGUCCACUCACACCCACCUGGUACAGUAGCAAACCCAGCAGCAAGACUGAGCCCAAGGAAGCCAAGGUAAUGCCCACAGACAGCAUGGCAGCCAGUGGCCGUGCUGGGGCAGGGGCAGCAGCCAGGCCAGCCAGGGUCAGGCCAGUGACCAGCAGCACAAGGCCACUGAGCAACACUACAACAGCGUCGGCCCCUCCACCGCUGCGUAGCAAGGCCACAUGCUGGGCCUGGCGUAUGCAGUUCAUAUCCUGCACGGCAGAGCUCAUCAGCUGCUUCACCAGAACCAUCAGGGCCAGCAGGCAGAGCACAGUGCCCACUGCUAGUCGCCAUUCACCGGAUCGGCUGCUGGUAGAGGACAGCAGUGCCACGCCGCCUGCCCCACAGCCAGCCACAAGGACCACGGCCACGGAGAAACAGAGCAAGGAGCGCCGGGGCUGCUGGGACCACCAUAGUUCCACCUGCUCUGCCAGCACAUCCGGGGGCAGCCCCCUGCCCACUGAGGCUUGUUGGGACAUGGCUUGGUCAGGCAGGGUCAGGAUAAAGGAUCAAUGCCAAGGUUCAGAGGGUGUUUAUCAUGUCCCUGUGACUCCAUCACCUGGUGGGCAGCUAGAGGUCCAGUCUCCUCCUCUCAGUCCAGGUUAUGGUUACCCUCACCUGCAGGAUAGGAUUGCAUGUUAUCUCCCACCUGUCUGGCCCUCACAGUCUCAUCCAGGAGUCUUAGGGAAGGGCCCAAGAAUCUUCCCCAGGUUUCUCAGGACCUGCUCCUGAAAGCUGCAACCCCAGCACUAUACCUUGGGAAAGCACCUCCCCUGACCCCAACAUUGUUCCCUCCACCUCAGAGCUUCCCUCCCCGUCAGAGAAUCCCCUUGCCCAGCUCCUGACCUCUCUUGCUCGGGCUGUCUCAGUUGCCUGGUCCAUCCAAGCUGUCGGAAGAAGCUGGUGGUGCCACAGUGGAUGAUGGGACAAACCGUCAGAGAUAAAGCCUCAUUCAGGACCAGACUCACAUGGCCUCAGCUGUCAUCGCUGAGUCCUAGGGUGGGGGAAGCUAUGGGGAAGGGAGGCUGCUGACUUAACCCCUCUGGAACCAGCAGGCUGACCCUGCCCCUUCUCUCAUAGGGCUGUAUCCUUCCUUCUCUGUGGGUCAGUACCUGACCCCUAACCCUUCUUCCUCUAGUCCCACCCUAUCUCUGUCAGGCAAAAAAAAAAAAAAAAAAAAAAAA